AGUUAAUAAGUUGUCUCGAUUCCUGCCUUCAAAUUGCGGAGAAGAACUUCCUGAAGUUUCACGUCAGUUAAACCUGCUGAGAGCACAAAAUGCCACUGUAUGAAGGGAUUUCUUAUGCUGGUGACAAAAAUGCAGUGAUCAUAGACAUUGGAACUGCUUACACAAAGUGUGGUUUCAGUGGUGAGACAGCACCAAGAUGUAUUGUGCCUAGUGAAAUAAAGAGAUCAAGAAGUGGACAGGUUGUAAAAGUCCAUCAGUAUAACACAGAAGAAGAACUUUACGAAAUUCUGGUUGAUUUUAUACACAUGCUGUACUUCAGACAUGUGCUGGUGAAUCCUAAAGACAGGCGUGUGGUGGUGUGUGAGUCUCUCCUAACACCCACUGUAUUCAGAGACACAUUGGCAAAAGUACUAUUUGAGCAUUAUGAGGUUCCUUCCAUUCUCUAUGCUCCCACUCAUCUGGUUUCCCUGUUCACACUUGGAAUCUCAUCAGGUCUCGUCAUGGAUGCUGGGUUCACAGAAACAUUUGUAUUACCCAUAUAUGAAGGGAUACCAAUCCUGAAAGCAUGGGAGGCUAUUCCUCUUGGAGGGAAAGCGAUACAUAGAAAUUUAGAGAGCAAACUAAUGGGAUCUGCAGUUGUCAAAACACAGGAUGCUGAAGAAAGGCAACUGUGCUCUGUUGUAGGUUCAUUAUCUGAAAAUAUACUGGAAGACAUCAAGGUGCGGUGUUGUUUUGUAACCAAGAUGGAGCGUGCCAAGCAGAUCCAGAAGUUUAUGCUACAAGAGAGUGGGCUAACAGGAGAAUCAAGAGUUGAGGCUCCUAAACCUCCACCUGAUGUAGAGUAUCCUUUAGAUGGAGAUAAAAUACUUCACAUUGAAGGAAAGAUAAGGGAAAAUACCUGUGAGGUUUUGUUUGAGCAAGACAAUGAAGAAAAAUCGGUGGCCACAUUAAUAUUGGAUUCUAUUAUAAAGUGUACUAUAGAUAUGAGGAAAACUCUGGCAGAGAAUAUAGUGAUAAUGGGUGGAACAGCUAUGCUGCCUGGUUUUCUCCACAGACUACAGAGUGAGUUGUAUGACCUCCUGAGCAAGAACAAAUACAAGCAACAACUAGCCAUCAAGAAUUUUAAAUUCCAUCAACUUCCAUGUAAGGAGAAUUAUGCAGCAUGGCUGGGAGGUGCAAUGUUUGGUGCUUUGGAGGUGCUUCAAAAUCGAUCACUCUCAAGAGAACAGUUCCAAGAAACUGGCGUUAUACCAGACUGGUCUUCUCUCGGCUUUGAAGAAGAGAGUGAAAGGGAGGAAAAACCUGCAGUGAAAAGAUGAACUUUUCCAUCAACUCAGUGUAGUGACAUUUGAUGUUGUAUGUUGUGCCAGUUCCAGUGUAACCAUUAGGAUCUUGCAGCAGAACUGAUGCAUCUAGCUAAAGAUGAAUGGUUUGAGAACUCUGCUAAUUUGGUUUCAUUCACUUAUUUUUUGCUACAAGAUCCACUGUAACAUACACUCCAACUUUCAUUUUUAAUUAAAAAAUUUCUUUGAAUCACUAGUAACUUCAUCCUGUGUUGUCCUGCAUUACAUGUGCGUGUAAUAUGGAUACAUGUUUAUAUGUCUGCACCAGCACUAGAUGGAGUCUGUUUCUCCUUGUUAUCUUCUAUAUUAUGGAGAGAGCUGUAUUUAUGAGCAUUCAGCUUGGGUAAAAUGUGUGGUCGCCGUCGUUGGUGUGAUAGGCUUGUAUUGCUGCCAGCAUUGCUGUCAUCUUGAGUCAUACCAGACGAAGUUAGAAUCCCUUCCUGAAAGAUCAUAUUUAUAUUUAGUUUAUUUGACAAAGAUACUUGUAGAAAUACAUUCUGCAUUUUACAGAUGUUGAUUGGUAAUUUUACAUAGAUAAAUCUUACAUGUGUAUGCUCUUUUCACAUUGAGUGUUACAUUUUAGCGGUACAUUCUGUCGGGCGCACUUUGAGAGACGGCGUGUUAAGACCUCUCAAAGUGUACCGGUACAGACUUGUCACUAAAGUACACAGCUCGAUGCGAAAAGAUCUUAUGCGUUGGUGUCAGUUACUAAACCGAAGAAUAAUGCAAAUAUAUAGAAUCGUGAUGGAUUGAAGGUGUUAGUGUUUUCAGCUUAUGGUCUUUUGGCUUUCAUUUAAACCUUGCACGAAAGAAAUGCCAGUUUGUUUCAGGUAUGUAAAUAAACGAAGA